UUAUACCUUAAUCUCAUGGGAAGAGAGCCGCUUAAAAAUGUAUUUACUGUUUCCAGAGCUAACUACCAGGUGUCGGGGCUGCAGCCUCUUUGGUUUCACGUGUGCAAUGUAUUCCUGCACGCUGCUGCGUCUUUGCUGUUCACACGCGUGACCCUUGCUGUCGCCGGACUUCAGCCAAACUUCGCCGGGGCUGCGGGAGUCCUCUUCGCUGCGCACCCCAUACACACUGAGGCGGUGACUGGUAUAGUUGGGAGAGCUGACGUUUUAGCCUGCGUCUUCUUCCUACUUUCCUUUCUGGUUUAUCACGGGCACAGUGGAGGACCUGGGUCUGUCUCCGUGUUGUUGAGUGCCGUGCUGGGUGGCCUAUCAAUGCUGGCCAAGGAGACGGGUGUCACCGUUAUGUUGGUCAACCUCACGUACGACCUCUACAGAUCUUGGCACUUCAUCAGAAGGAGCCUUUUAGAAGUCAGGUGGAAUGAAGAGACUUUGCAUUUCUCGAGAAGAGCGGCGAAAGUCCUCAUGUCGUUAAGCCUGUUGUUGGUGUUUCGACUGGCGUUGCUGCAAGGAUCGCUCCCCAAAUUCUCGAACCAGGACAACCCAGCAGCUUUCCACCCCUGUCGACAUGUCAGAUUCCUGACGUUCUGCUACCUUGCGGCGUUCAACUGCUGGUUGCUGUUGUGCCCGGCCACGCUCAGUCACGACUGGCAGAUGGGCUCCGUGUCGCUCGUCACCUCUCUCGCAGACUCCAGGAACAUCGCCACUUGUCUCUUCUUCGGAUGCUGCAUCCUAGUCGCUUACAGGGGCAUCGCCGACUUCGAGCAACAGAGGCAUCCGCCCUUGCUGCUCGGAGGCCUGUUCCUGGUGCUGCCUUUUCUACCAGCAGCCAACCUCGUGGUCACUGUGGGCUUCGUGGUGGCGGAGAGAGUGCUCUAUAUCCCCAGCCUCGGGAUGGUGCUGCUGCUUGUGUAUGGCGCCCAGUUGCUUUGGGGCGCGUUUCUGCGCCAGAGACCUCUGCUGCUGUGUGCGGGGGUCGUACUGCUCGUCGUGUUCUGCGGACGAACUGUGGCCAGAAACAAGGACUGGGCAUCCCGACAGGCGCUCAUCAGGGCGGGUCUGAAUGCGCUACCACACAACGCCAAGCUCCACUACAACUUCGCCAACUUCCUGAGGGACACAGGACAGUUGGAUCUGGCUACUAAACAUUACAGAGAGGCGCUUCGACUGUGGCCAACUUACGCAAGUGCCCACAACAACCUGGGCACACUCAUGACGGGAACUGAAGAGGCGGAGAGCCACUUCCUGGAGGCCAUCCGAUAUUCCCCCAACCACGUGAACGCGCACUACAACCUGGGGCAAGUGUACCGUAAAGUGAACCGCACCGAGGAUGCCGCCCGCAUGCUGGAGCGCUGUGUGCGUCUGGACGCGGCUUACGUCCCGGCCUACCUGCUGUUGGCGCGGCUGUACCAGGGUCAGGAGGGACGUGACCCCGCCGUGGGGCGUCUCCUGCGUCACGUGGCGCGCCUGCAACCCAAUAGCCCGGACCACCUGGCCGAUCUAGCCGCCUGGUUGCACCGCCAAGGUCGCUAUUGGGAAGCACUGACGUACUAUAAGAAAGCCUUAGCAUUUUCGACUGCCCAUCGGCAGUCGUUAUUGGGAGCUUCUAGAAUACUUAGGGCGAGGGGACAGUGGCCCAGAGUGUAUCAGCUAAUGACCAGGUUUCACGUAAUGUCACGUGAUGACCGGACUGGCUUUGUUUAUUCGGGCGAUCUGUAUCCUCGGAGAUGGGAAUUAGAGCGAGAGUCUUCCCACAGGAACUUAGGACUCUCACUCUCGAGGAGUCCUUCAGAACAGCAGGAUCACCAGAUACGUCAGAAUCAUCAACACGGCUUCAGACAUCCGAACGACAACAUAUUUUGUGCGAGCAGAAACACCGUCACGCACAAUGAUUUGGAUGGCCAUUCUGUCAAAUAUCUACUCAGAGGAAAAUCCCCUAGACGGAAACCACGGCUAUGGCGUAAACCAGCCAUGAACCGGAGUUUGCCACUUCGUCCCGGAUCCGCUCCGGACCCAAGUUGCUCACUGCCCGGAUAUAGCAGCCGCUUCCUUGGGACUGACCACAGUUCCGGUACAGCGUCUUUUAGCCAGGCACCUUAUCAACAUAAAUUCCCACAAGACUGUUCCCAUUUUCUUAGUCCUUCGUGUAUAUUUUACCGUCUUUUCACAUAAAAUACGUCGAGAACU